UCCAGCUGGCCUCCAGCCAUCUCCUUCUUCUCCAGGAUGGGAUGGAUGGGGUGAGGAUGUUGUUACAGCCACAGCAGGAUGCUCAGGCCAUCCCUGCUCCUUCUGGGAGCUCCCCAGGGUCCUGACACCACUGUCCCCAUCAGUCCUGAGGGUGGGAGGUCCCGUGUCCCCCAGGCAGGCUGAGGAAUGAGACCUUCAGUGCAAGUGAGGUGCCUGGGUCUGUCCCCAGUGUCUUCUGCUGGGUGCUGGGGGACAUCGCCAUGGUAUGCAGAUGCCCCCAGGAAGGUCUGCUGGCUUCACAGGGACACCAGAGCCAUGGGACCAGGCAUCACUGGUGGCACAAACCACUCAUGCCACCACAUUCCAGCUCUACUGCUGAUGAGGGAUACCCCAUUUCGGGGGUGGCCAUGGGACUUGCACUGGGACUUCUCCACAUUCCCUGUCCCUCUGUGCCGAGGCCACCAGGUCAGCCCACUCAGAGGAGGCCUGUGGUGAGGUGUUGGAGCUGUGAUGGGUACACCUGAGACAGGAAGGACCCAGGGACACAGGCACUUCACCAGGUCUCUGGCUGUGACCAAACUGCUGCUCCCAGGUGGUUUUCCUCUCCAGCAGAGCUGAAGCAGAGCUAUGAUGGGACAAGGAGAGGUGCUGGGGAUUGGGUCUCUGGUGGGAGCAGGAUCAGCCAUGUGAUCAUGGCAAGGGUGGGAUCAAAACUGUGAUGGGCUAAGGAACCAUGAGGUGGGACCAGGGACAUCUGAGGGACCGAGGCUGAGGUAUGAGACCAGGCCAUGUGGUGAACUGGGAUCAGGGCAAACCGGCUGGUUCACGACCGUGUGCAGGAGUAAAAGAACACAGUGGAGCAGCACCAUGCACAGGACCAGGACUAAUUGGUGGGGAUGGGACCUUGUGGUGGGAUCUGCAACUUGCUGAGGACCAGGACCACAACAGUGACAUGGGAGGCCCAGCAUGACACCUAGGAACAGCACUGAUUGGUGAGCAUGGGACCAGGACUAACUGGUGGGUAUGGGUUCAGGACCACCUGCAGGACCAGUCUGAGUGGUGGCACUGGGACUGUGGGAUGGAAGAUGGGGACUGGAAGAUGGGCACAGGCUCUUGUGGUGGGAAUGGGAAGGUGUGAGGGGUGGGAUCAGCCCCAGGUGUGCGGCUGCCAAUGGCUGCAGAGACCAAGCAAAACCCUCAAUCCCAUCAGUGCCAGCUGGGACCCACUGACACCCAGCCCCAAGUCCUUAAAGACCCCCCAGCUGGUGGGGAUGCUGCUCAUUGGGGAUGGAGCUGUGCUUGUUGGUGUUGGUGUGUGGGGCUGUGCUGGAGGUGGCAGGUAAGUGAGGCUGGGGUCCACCUUCAGUCGUCCCACUGGUUGUACUGGGGGAGGUGGGUGGUGGGUGUCCCUUGCUGGUUCCUGAUGGUCACCUGGGGUAAAGGAGCUUUCCUAAAUCAUCCCAAGCUCUGAGGGUUGAGGCAAGGGGUUACCAGGAGCUCCCCCAAAGUCCCAGCAGGGCUGGUGGGACCUUUUUGGGGUGGGAAGCAUCAGAAGCACAGGUGGGGUCUGAGGUUGCUGACUGGUCAUGAGCAGCUCCUGAUCUGUCCUCAGCCCUGGGCAGGAUCAUGGUGAUGGGAAUGCUCCUGGUGAAUUCCUCCAGUGCAGGUGAGCUCCUGCUGGGGUGGGUCUGUGGACAGAGGAGCUCCUGAUGUGCUCCUGAGUGCUCUCCCUGCCUUUGUGCUGCUGCCACCUGUCCCCAACAAGUCAUAGGGACACCUGAGGACCUGGAUGUCCCUGCUGUGUCUGGGACAUGUUACUGCUGGCUCAGCCCUCCUGUUGCAGGUACCACCAUGGCUCCAGUUUCCUCAGAGCCCCCUGGUCACAGGGUGACAGCUCCAGCAAAGUCCUCACACACAGAGACAGGGAGGGUUGCUGCUCACCUCCACUCUGAGGAGCCCAUCGUGACCUUCACCUUGAGGCUCCUGGAUGAGGACUCCAGUGCCACUCCAGAGAAGCUGCCAGUGCUCAGCCCCGGCUCUAUGAUGCACCUUGAAGCCAGUGUCCGCUUCAGUCCCAGCAUCUCCAUGAAGAUCCAGGUGGAUCAGUGCUAUGGGACCAACAUGGAGCAGCCAGGACACUCCAGGAGGCUCUUCAUGGUGGUGAACAGCCGUGGUUGCCUGCAUGGGGAGAAGCUGGGGAAUGUAUCUGUCCAGCACCAGAGAGGGGGGUCUGUCCUCCAGCUCUCCAUCCUGGCCCCCACACUGGAGGGUGAGCCCAAGGAGGAGCAGGUCUAUGUGCACUGCCUGCUGAUAGCAUGGGGACAAGGACGUGCCACCAGGUCCUGCUUCUACAGCCACACCACAGCCAGCUGGCACAAUGCAGAGGACCCAGUCCAGAGUGCCCCAUGCCACUGCUGUGACACUGGUUGUCCUGCUGUUGACACCCUCCGUGGAGACGUGCCAGCAUUCCCAGGAGAGGGGACACUCCUCUGGGAGACAGUUGGACCAGUGCUGGUGCAGAAGGAGAAGGUACCAUGGUACAAAGCACUGUGCCAGACGGUGAAGAGGCUCCUGCUGGCUGGGCUGGCCCUGGUGGGCAGUGCCUUGCUGGUGGUGGCUGUGCUGGGGGUCCUGCUGGCACUGGCCCUGACCACCUGGUGCUCGGGCAGACCCCGGCAGGGACAACGGCCACCAAGGCAGAGGUGUCCCUUCCAGGUAGAGCUGCAGAGCGUGGUGGGGGCCCUGGUCCUCAGGGAGAUGGAGAAACAGGGUGAGAUGGGACCACAGCCUCUUUCUCACCAAUAA